UGGAGCUGUAAAAGCAAACAUUAUAUUUCGUCAGUGCUCUUUCAAAAGUAUCUUUUGUUUGACACCUUGAAGGCCUUCAACAUUAUUAUAUAUAUAUAUUUAUUUCUUCUUUGGCCAGCCAAGAGAGAGGGUGGUGUCAAUGAGACCUGGGUUUGCUUGACACAAACAAUGACAAAACCCAGCAUCACUAGCCCCAUCAUCAUUGAAGGGAACAGAAACUUGUGAGGCAUCGUUGCUGGACACUCGAGUCGAGUCAAGUCAGCUUGGUUGGUUGGUUCGUGCAUUUACAUCACAAAACAAAACAAAAAAAAGACAGACACCAUGGCCACCACUACUAAUAGAACCAACCAUUACUACUACUAUGCCUGCGAUGCAGCCCAACUCUUGGAGACUUGCAUGGAUCACUUGCAGACAGUCGUGGACCUGGAUCGAAGCACCAGUAAUGAUGGAGGAGGAGGCAGAAGUUCCUUUCAAGAAUUGCAAGAAUCCUUGAUCAAGACAGAACGACUCCUUCGACAUUUUUUUGUCGAGAUUCUUCCACCCAUGGACGACCAAACUGAUGACAAUGGUCUUGCCUCGUUGGCAUCGUGUGUGAUUGCCUUAAAAGCCAUGAUGGAACAAGAGAGAGAGAAGAAGAAACAAAGUACUGCCAAUGGCCACCAUCCCACGAGAAAUCUGUCGGGUCCUCGACACUCUCGCAACAGUGCCACAGAUACAUUGCUGUUUCGACUCAUUGUGGCCUUGCAACUGUGUCUGGUUCGCAUUGAUGAUGCGCAUUUGGUAGUGGCGGGCAUUCGAAGACCCAAAACCAGCAAAAAUGAUCCAAUAGUAGUGGCACGACGCCGUACACGUCGGAGAUGGCUCGUGCGAAUUGGAUUUUGUGCCACUGUAUUGGGUGUCACGGUCUAUCUCUUGCCCACUCGAAAGGAUGACAAAUAUCCAUCAAGACAACAAUCAUCACUAUCAUUAUCAUCGUGGAAUAAUAAUCGAGAAACAUGGCAAACACUGGCCAAAGCUGGAACGUGUACCUUUUUGUGUUUCCAACUAGCGCAGCAGUGGAAAGUCGCAUGGAUGACGAGCAAAUUGGGAAAGACACAAAAGGAAAUACAAGAAUGGCACCAGCAAUGGCGUCUGGUCGAAGGAAGCUAUGGAAGUCAGCAACAGCUUCACACACUCUACAAUGGAAAUGGAAAUCAUCAAAACAGCAAUAGCCACAAAAAGAAGGCCCCCAUUACCGAUGCCACAAAGGCACGUCGAUUGAUUGAAUACGCCCAACAACACAAUAAUACGACACCACCAUCCAGAACGUUCUGGGACGAAGGUGAAUUACGAUUCCUCAUUGUCCGCAAGGCCAUGGAAACUUACUAUUCCUGGACAUCCGCCGACGAAGACGAGCCAUCCCACGACUUGUCAUCGACAGCUCGUGCCAUGAUUUUGUCCAACUCGUGGGGACUCGUAUCACGACCGGGUAUUAAAGACUUUUCACUCCGUGCCUCGCGCUUUCUCAAGGGUGCCAGUGUCGCCGAUCGCAUUGAAAUUGCCGGCAUUCCCUGCUUUGUCAUUUCCAAAUAUCCCUGUCCCGAACUGGCCACGGCCAUUCAACAGUAUUCUUCGACUCGGCUGCCACGACGACGCAUGUCGGCACGUCAGCUAUCCACCAUUGAAGAAGAUGCCAAACACGAAGAAGACCACACACUACGGAAUCACCAAAAGCUAUUUGCCGCAGCCAGUGACUGUUGUCGACAACAAGAUAUCAUUCUGCAUUGUACGGCGGGUGGGUACUUUGCACACAUGAUUGCCUUUGAUUUGGUGUACCUGCUCGAUUGGAGUGCAUCCACGGGAGCCGUCGUGGUAUGUCCCGAGUUUAGUCUCUUGCCGUCGCAUCCCUUUCCCGUGGCACUGCAAGAAGUCACCAAGGUUUACUCCACGUUGGUAAGUGGUCAAGCCACGUCGGCACUGGGAUUUGAAGUUCGACGGAUUGCUGUCACGGGAGAGUCGACGGGAGCCAACCUUGCCACGGCACUCUGUGUCAAUCUCUGUUUGGGAGGCAAUAACAAUACCAUGAAUCCAGACACGUUUUUUGAAAACACCAAUCUACGACAGCAUCCUUCUGCCGCCGCCAACAAGUCCAAUGGACACGGAGGACUCGUGGAGGACCGAGAAUCAGCAGCAACGACCAAUGAUGACACCACCAGUAUUCGAUUGCCAGACGCAUUGAUGCUGUCCUGUGCCGUUCUCAACAUGUCACUGGAACUUAGUCACUCGCGUGUCAUGGGGACCGAAGAUCCCGUGCUGCCCAGUGGCGUCCUGUCGGCCAUUUCAGAUGCGUACUUGCCACCUUAUCUCGGUAUUCGAAAGACGCACAUUCUGGCAUCACCACUCUUUGCACCCAACAGCAUUCUGGCACGUUUCCCACCCACGUUGCUGUUUGCCUCUUCGAACGAUCCCCUCUUGGACGACUCGGUCGAAUUCAACCAACGACUGCGAAGUCUCAAUGUGCAAUCCGAAAUCCGGGCGGUGCAAAACAUGCCCCAUGCGUAUUGGGGUCUAGGAAUGGCCGGAUUUCCGGAAGCCAAGAAGGUACACAAGGAGGCUCAAGAAUGGCUGGCCACCAAGCUGACACGUGCAUGAUGUAGCUAUUAGCUCAUAUGCAAAAAUCGAUCUUGUUCUGUGCAAGCUUUUUAUAGAGAGAAUUGUUACCAAUAUAUUCUCAUCGUCUAUUCAUUCUGAUUGCAUCAUCUUAUCGAGUCAAUCUUUAGAACCAUUAGGCGGUGUCAUUGUGGCAGAGGCCUUUCUACCAAUGCGGCUGUGCUCGUCAACUGUAGCUCAGAGGAUAGUCUAGUUUUACAAAGGCCAGCACUCAAAACUGGUAAGGCGCUUGCUGGCGAAUGCACGCCAUGUGGUUGGCAGGAAACUAUGAAGCAAGAAUGCUCCGACUUGCAUGUUCUUGCCACGGUCUUUUGCAAACACUUCCUUGGCUGACAGCAUUGUCACACAUUUUUGUAUGUACCGGUGCGUAUCCUUGGGCAAAGGAACAAGAUUCAUUCGAGUCACAGCACCGUGCCCAAGUCCAGCAGCCAU